UGAUAUCAGAAUUAAACUGAUAACUAGCCUCGUAAUAGUGUUUGUCCAAAUUUUCGAUUUAUUGUUUUGUUUCAGUGUACGCGGACAAAGGGUACUAAAAUGCGUUAUUUAGCCAUUUUGAUCGCGGCGGCAUUAACCGUGGUAGGAGCUUCGCCCGUCGAAGUGGGAAAUAUCAGGGAAAAGAUAUUUCUAACAGAGGAAAAUACAAGAAACAGUAUAUUGGAACAGUUGGUACUUGGUUUAAUUGAAGAGUUGAGAGAAUUGAUGGUGACUGGAUCAGACACUAUUCCAGUGUUAGACCCGCUCUUCGUAGAUGAGUUAUAUAUCGAUCAAAACACUAUUGCCAUUAUACCGGGACAUAUAUCCAUGAAUGAUUUAACAGUGGAAAAUUUGAGCACAUUUGUAAUCAACGAAUUCGGUUUGACGAUGACUUCCUUGCUGCAGCAACGGUACCGACUCAUAUUAGAUGGCCAUAUCCCAGUAUUAGAUGUUAAUGCAGGUGCCUACGACCUGGACUUGACAAUUUUCGGCGGAAGUAUUUUUGGCAGAGGAGAAAUGUCAUUAAGGGUUGUCGAGCCUCGUAUUCGUGCAAACAUCGUCCUGUCUAUAAGUCUUUCUGGAGGGAUUUUUAUAACUUUGGAAGAAUGCAGACUUAGUGUUUCAGUGGGUUCAUUUGAUCCAAAAAUAACUGGUUUAUUCAACGAUCCCGUACUUAGCGACUUCAUCAGCGUGUUUUUGAAAAAUUUUGUUGAAGAAAUACUUGUUGUUAUGGAGGAUGAAAUAACGGAGUUUCUCAGUGUCAACGUUAUGGAGAUUGGUAAUCAAAUAUUAGCUGAAUUGGAUUUGUCAACGAUUCUAGGCGUGUAAAUGUCAUAAAAUAUUAGAUUUAUAGCAUUUUCUUCCAAAUUGUAAAAGAAUUGUGUAUGGUAAACGGGAAAACUUACAAUGUAUUUACACAAAGACUGUUUAUAAAAGAUUUUAGGUUAUUGAAAAUGUUUAUGCAUUAAACUGUUAUAUUUUA